AUGAAUAGCUAAUAGUUGGAUAUCACUAAAAAUCAAAGUGUGAAGGACUAUAAGGCACAGCAUAAAUUAGAAGACCGAAAGAAGAGAGUAUAGCAAUAUAGAGAAAAAUACCCUGAGAUGACACCAAUGGUUGUUUAAAAGCAUCCAAAAGCCAAGAUAAUGUCAUUAACAAGACCAUAAUUCUUGGUCAAUUAAACGGUUAAGUUUUCUGAUUUUAAAAACUAAAUCAGGGCCAAACUUUCGUUAUCCCCUUAAUAAACAUUGUUUUUCUAUUGCGGAAAUAAUAUAAUCUCCGAUGAUAUCACACUUCAAGAAUUAUACAAUAAAUAUAAAGAUAAAGAAGAUGAAUUCCUAUAUUUGAAUUAUUCUGAUUGCGAAGUUUUCGGGAAAUGAAUUGAUUGAUAUUCAUAUAAAUAAGUACAUAUGUACUAUAAUAUAUUGUGAAAUCUAUUAAA